UAGGAUAUUGCUUGGUAAAUUUAAACAUCAAACAAAUCAUUACUUGAAAAUAUAUUAAUGUGAACAUAAGUGAUUAAAUUGAUCGAACUGCCAUUAUUAACUCCAGUUAUUACUUUACAAAUAGUAAUUUUUGGAAUAUAAAAAAAACAUUAACAGUUGAACUUGAGAGAGGAAUACCAGCUAGGAUGAGUCAAAUAACGAGCAUCAUCAUUGUCCUAGUUUUGAGCAUCAUUGUUGUCCUGAGUAUAGUUACUAUGGCGGUGUCAGGUGAUGUUGAAAAAUGUGCAGAUGGAACACAAAGGUAUCCUAACAAAACAUGCAAUUUAAAAGAUCAAAACUGUCCAAAUACAUACCGAUGCAGAAAGAAAAAGAAAAAUGCUCCAAAGGUUAAUGGAAAGAAGAUAGGCGAGUGCUGCAGAUAUAAGCAAUAUCGAGAUUGCGAUGCCUUGAUGUCAAAUGUGUAUACCCCAAAUAAAUGUCAGGGUGGGGGUUCUAUAAGGUGCCCAGGGACUCAUAAAUGUUUCAAAGGCCCAGCAAAUAUAUUCUCAAUGUGCUGCCCUAUGAAUCGUAGAUGUACAGAUGAAGCAGGAGUUGAACAUAAACCAGCAGACAAGCCAUGGAAAAGUCACUAUGAUAACUGCAAUAAGUGUGAAUGUGGGAAGGAUGGCAAAAUCACUUGUACAAAUAAACAAAAGUGCUCCAUGUGUCGAGUUGAUGGUAAAAAAUUAUCAAGAGGUGAUUUCUACUGGAAGGAUUGUAAGAGAUGCAAGUGUAUAUCAAACAAGCGCAGUGUAUGUGAAGGGCCUUGUGAGAGUGGCACAAUGGGAAUGCAAAGUACGUUUUCACCCAGAAGCACAAUCAAUGGAGGGUGCAAUCACCAAGUUAAAGUCAGUCAAUGUUACCAUGGUGAGAAAGGACAACAGUGUGCAGACACUAUUGAACAUAAGCUUGAAUUCAAAGAGAGCGAAGAGCACGACGAUGCUUGCCCAAAACCAGGAUUAAGUAUAACAGAAUCUGGAUCAAUUAUCACAAGUGGGAAAGAGGUGAAUCCACCAAAUAAAUACAGAUGGAUGGUGUAUUUGAAUAUAUCAAACAAACCGAUAUGUGGAGGAACUAUUUUAAGCCGAAGACACAUUUUAACAGCUGCUCAUUGUGUUGUUAAUGCGCGAGAAAUUAUGGCGCAAACUGGAAAGCAUAAUGUGACGGUUGAUGAGCCUCGCCAACAAAACAGAAAUGACUGUGCCGUGCAUAUACAUGAAGAUUACAAUGCAAGUACAUAUAACAAUGAUAUAGCAAUUUUAGUUGUAGACCCACCCCUGGAGUUUAACAAUGUUACACAACCUAUACAUCUUGCUGAAAGCCAUUUCAAGGACAACACCAUGAACAUUCUUUGCAGAGUUAUUGGAUGGGGAAAAUUCUCUGACGAACAUCUAACUGAAGUUGAAAUCAGAUUUUUUGCCAAAAAUUCGGAUGUAUUACGUGAAGCAGUGCUGACGAAUCUAACAUGUGACUUGCCUAGUUCCGACUUAAUACGCAUCACAAAGCAUAAUGAUACAAUGUUCUGUGCAAGCAACUUUAAGGGGAACAAGAAAAAAACACAGGACGCUUGCUUUGGCGAUUCUGGUGGGCCUUUAAUGUGUCGCCAAGGAGAUAAACGUUGGACACAAUAUGGCAUCGUGAGUUGGGGACCUGAUAUCUACGGGGAAACUCAAUGUGGGAGAAGUUCUGG